GAGUAUGUGUGCGUGUGAUGCUGCUGAAACGGCGAUGUGAUUUUCAUCGCAGCUGUUCAUCGCAGUACUUGUACAGAUGACAAUAAAUCCGACUUGACUUCACUCUAAGUUUAUAUUUAACCAUCGUUUUACACCCCAGUUAGUUUCUUUUUUCUGUCCUGCUCUAAACUGUCCCAUAACAUUCCCUGCGUUUACAUUUAUAUACCGGUCAGUUUAACAUCUCACUAAACCCUCCAUGGGUAUUUGAGGUCAGGACACGGUCACCUAGAACACGUUCACCCUGAAAACCUACAGCAAAUGUGCUGGAGACGGCAGCGUGCGCUGUAGACACUCGCGGUACAGAGGGAUCACAAGGGAUCAGCAACUCCCAAUCAGUGAAAGCAGUUUCAAACCAGGAAGUGGCAGGAGUUAAAAUGGCUUCUAAAGAGCAGGUCGAGAAUUUAACAGAGGAGACAAUUUGUCCCAUCUGCCUGGAUUUCUUCACCGAUCCGGUGUCACUGGAGUGUGGGCACUACUUCUGCCGCUCCUGUAUCACACAGAGUUGGGACAGGGAGGAGAAAAACUCCUGCCCGGAAUGUAGAGAGGAGUUUGCUGACCGCAGCCUCAGGGUUAGUCGGGCCUUGGCGAGAAUGUCUGAGAAAGCUCGAACACUGAGCCUGAAUACGGAAGAGAAGGAAAGUAAACAUCACUGCGAGGAACAUCAGGAAGAACUGAAGCUGUUUUGUGAAACUGACAAGAAACUGAUCUGUGUGAUUUGUGCAGUUGGGCGGGAACACAAGUCUCACAGUUUCAUGCCGGUUAAAGAAGCUGUUGAAACCUACAAGGAUCAGGUUAAAUCAUCCAUACAAUCUCUGACAACAAAUAAAUCAGCCAUCCAGGAAAUGGAAGAGCAACAGAAGCAGAAGAUUUCCCAAGUGCGGGAGCAGUCACAAAGCCUCAAGUCUCACGUCACAUCUCAGUUUGCUGAACUGCACCAGAUUCUCGUGAAGAAAGAGCAGCGCAUUCUCGGAGAGAUCAAGGAGGAUGAGGAGAAGAUUCUAAGUCCAAUGGAGAAAAAUCUUCAAGACAUUCAAGAGAAUUUAAACUCUAUUGAGGAGGAACUCUCAAAGCUGCAGGGGCGAAUGGAACAAACAGACAUCGUGUCAUUUUUGAAGGAGGAAGCUGGUCGCAAGAGGAGAAAUAGUGAUGCGUUCCAGACAUUGUCACUAAGAGAUGGUGCCAUACUGGAUGAAAAAUUCAAACACCUCUUCUGGUUGAACGCAGUGUUGAGAGAACCCAUUGUUGCGAUUCAUCAAGCAACCUGGUCGUCAUCUGCUUCCGGCCAAAGAUCUAAUUUUUGCUUUCGCAACUUUGAAUUUGACCAUGCCGUCCACAUCUACGAGUGUUGCCUACUGCUCGGCGCUAAAUUGUUUCAAUCGCCAAUGUAA